AUGAAAUUAAAACAAGUAUUCCUUUGGGUUAAUGUUUUUAUUUUUGUUAUCUCAUUACUUUUAACUGUUUUUUUCUUUGAUAAAAUAUGGGCUUUUGAUAGAGAUUUACAAAAUGAAUUUAAAAAAGGUCAAUGUGAAAUCACAUCAAUAUUAGUAUCAGAGAAAAUAACAUUUUGGCCAUGUAAUACAGAGAAUAAUAAUUUAUGGUGGUUUUCAUAUUAUAAGGAUAACUUUAUAAAGGAAGUAGUUAUGAAAGGUACCGAUCCAAAAAUGAAUUCUGAUGUCGAUUCAGAGACAGAUGUAAACUUUCAAAAAUGUUAUCAUGGUAUCAUUAGUGUCAAUUUUAACUUUUCCGACCCAUUAAAUAAUGGUCAAAUGGAAUUAGCACAUUCGAAUAUCUCUGGUCUAUACUCACAAAAUCAAACUUGGGUAAACGGUUAUCUAACACAAUUUAUAGAGAAACAACAAAAAGGAUCUGGUAUAAUAGAAUGUUAUUACAAGCCAUUGAAUCCAUACCAAGUACUACCAUUCCUACCUGAAAUUAGUAACCUUGGUUUAAUUUGGGGUUCAAUCUUUUUAGCAUCAACUUGUAUCUCCUUUAUUUUAAUCAUUGUUUUCUUUUUAUAUCGUCAUAAAUAUAGAAAAGAUAAAUAUCAAAUUUUCUUAAAUAAUAGUAGUAAUAGUAGUUUAAAUAAUAGUGGUAUUAGAAAAAGUAUUGGUGGUAGUAUGUCAAGUAGUAGUACUGGUAAAAUUAGUACCGCUGGUAUUGUUUCAUUAUCAAAUAAUAAUAAUAAUAAUAAUAAUAAUAAUAAUAAAGAUAGUGGUGCAAGUGGUAGUGGUAAAAAUAAUUCACCAGCAUUAUCAUCAACAUCAUCAUCAAAAAAUAAACAUGUAAUUGAAUCAACAUUAGAAUUCUCUGAUUUUUCAUUUAAUUUACAACAAGUUGCAAAUCAAAAACCACAAAAAUCUGCAUUAAAACAACCAAUAAAUCCAAAUUCUGUAAACUCUUCUCCCUUUUCUUCCUCUCCUUCAUCCUCUUCAAAAAAGAAACAUAAAAUAAUUGAUAAUGAUCCUUCUGAUUCAUUAGAUCAAUUAAACUCAUCAGGAAGUGGUAAUAGUAGUAAUAGUAGUAAUAGUAGUAAUAGUAGUAAUAGUAGUAAUAGUAAUAUUAAUUCACCAAAUAAUAAUAAUAAUAAUAAUAAUAAUAAUAAUAAUAAUAAUAAUAAUAAUAAUAAUAAUAAUAAUAACAACUAA